UACCACAUUGGCUGGAUAUGCGCGCUGAACAUCGAAUUGACCGCCGCCAUGGCCAUGCUGGACGAAGAACAUGAAAUGAUAGCAGGACAGGACCCACAGACCACAACAGUUAUAUGUUAGGUCGCAUUCACCAGCACAAUGUGGUGAUUGCGUGUAUGCCAGAGGGGGUGGAUGGGUCGGUCCCUGCGGUUACUGUGGCCAAGGACAUGGCGAGGACGUUCCCUGCGCUCCGAGUCGGGUUGAUGGUGGGCAUUGGUGGUGGGAUUCCCGAUCUCUCCAAGGGUAUCGACAUUCGCUUGGGGGACAUUGUGGUGAGCAAACAAGAGAAAACUUGGCGAGGGGUGGUGCAAGAUGACAAGGGCAAAGCCGAAGACGGAGGAAAUUCGUGGUCAAAGGGCAGC